AUGGCCUUGCAAAACCUUAGAUCCCUGAAAGGGGGCUCAACCCUGAACCCUGAACCCAGCAGGUGGGCUCGACUUUUUGACCGCAGCCAACAAGUCUGUCAGGUUUCGAAGGAAGUGAGGUCUCCUAGAAGAGCAAGCAUGUGCUUCCAUCUGUCGCCAAGGGUUGACUUCCUCCGGUUGGAGGCGGAGGAGCCCACGAACCUCGCUGCGUAUUCUUUAGCACUGACAACCGAGCUCACUGUCAUCUCGGCUCCGGCGGGAUUAUGGACAUUCGCUUCCUUCUCUCCUUUCUCUACCCCUCUCCUUGUGGUCUCGAUCUUCUGUCUUCCACCCAUCCAGAAGGCAGCCCUGUGUUUCAUCAUGAUUGCCACUCGAUUGAUCCUUUCCCUCUCCUUGAGCGCCAUUGGCGCCGCGGCCCAGGCCCUUGAGUCUCCGGACUUCAAUGUUACCCAACAACUGCUGGACCUCGGCGUCAACGUCGGUGAUCUCCCGGAGCUGUCAAACUUCGUGGAGCGCCGUUCCGCCAAUCUUCCCUGCGCUGCUGCGUGCCUCUCCUUGUCUGUCACCUUUGGGCGUGAUUCUGUACUUUUCAGAGGUGAGGCUCCCUAUGAGAGCUUCACAGGUGCCUAUUGGUCUGAGAACCAGGGCGAAGUCAACCCUUACUGCAUCUUCAAGCCGGCCAACCCAUCAGCCGUCUCUGUGCUCGUCCUCUUGUCGCGACUCACGCAAUGUCCCUUUGCUGUCAAGAGUGGCGGCCAUGCCGCCUUUGCCGGCGCGUCCAGCAUUGAGGGUGGCAUCACCGUGUCGCUUGAGAAGAUCAACCAGGUCACGCUUUCAAGUGACAAGAAAACGGUACUCAUCGGAGCGGGCAACCAGUGGUCCGAUGUGUACCGGAAACUUUCAAAGUCAGACGUGGCCGUUACCGGCGGCCGCGUGUCUAGCGUUGGCGUUGGGGGUCUUUCACUCGGAGGCGGCAUCUCGUUCUUCUCCAACCUUCACGGCUGGGCAUGUGACAAUGUUGAGAGCUAUGAAGUCGUCACCGCCACGGGCAUCAUCCUCACGGCGAGCCCGAAGCAGAACCCGAACCUGUACUGGGCGCUCCGCGGCGGCGGCAAUAACUUUGGCAUCGUGACCAACUUCACGUUCCGGACGAUCCCGCUGCCGGGCGGCCAGCUGUGGGGCGGCACGAAGACGUUCAUGGAGCCGGCUCUCGACGCCGUCGUCGACGCCUUCGCCGGCAUGGUGACCGACUCGCCGCAGGACCCCAACGCCGGCCUCUGGGCGUCGGCGGCCCCAAACCCCGUCAUGAUCUUCCAGGCCAUCACGACCGGCCAGAUGGCGCGCAUGCGCGCCAACGGCGGAAACCCGCUCGGCCUCGACGCCGCCGACGGGCCCCUCUACCUGAUCCACGUCGCCUGCUUGUGGCAGGACGCCGCCGGCGACGCCGCCAUCUACGCCAUGAUCUCGACCGUGCUGGCGCGCAUCACGGCCGAGGCCAAGGCCCUCGGCCUGCAGAACGACUACGUCUACAUGAACUACGCGAGCGCCUUUCAGGACGUCAUCAAGGGCUACGGCGCCGCCAACGCCGCCCGGCUGAAGAGCAUCGCCAGGACCUAUGAUGUCACUGGCGUCUUCCAGAGACUGCAGCCCGGCCACUUCAAGUUGAACCGCGCCCCGGUGACGGGCACGGGGUACUUCUCGGGUCUUGAUGCGUAG